AUGAGGUUCAUGAAGCCCUUGCAAUUAUUUCAUGAUCUGAAGAAUUCAACCCGGAAGCAACGCGGAAGGUUGCUUGGUUUGGACGUCGGGGAUAAAUAUGUUGGCCUUGCUCUUUCUGACUUCGACAACAAAAUUGCUUCACCUUUCAGCGUUCUUGUUAGGAAGAAGACAAAUAUUAGUUUAAUGGCUUCUGAUUUUGAGAACCUGAUCUCUAAAUAUUCCUUGGAAGGCUUUGUUAUUGGCCUCCCUUUUGAUAAAAAUCGGGUGGCUUCUGAUGCUGUGCAAGUGAAGGUCUUUAUUGAUCACCUCUGUGGGACAAAAAUGCUUGAAGGAGUAAAGUAUACAUAUUGGAAUGAGUGCUUCACAUCAAAGAAUGUGGAAUUGCUGUUAAAGCCUUUAAAUUUGAAUCGUCCAGUUCUCUCCAAGACUAUUCUAGACAAGUUUGCAGCGGUAGGAAUACUUCAGGGGUACCUGGAUUUUGUCAACAGGAAAAUGAAGCUAGAGUGUAGGCAUGGAUCAGAAAUCACAACUACCUCUGAAUUAAAGCUGCUGUCGACAUUUAUUCUUGUUGUAAAUUGA